CUAUCUAGAAUCAGCAAUGGCAGGAAGGUGGUCUCUUCAAGGAAUGACUGCUCUUGUUACUGGUGGUACUCGUGGCCUUGGGCACGCGAUUGUGGAAGAAUUUGCUAGUCUUGGUGCGGUUGUGUACACAUGCGCGCGUAACCAGAAGGAUCUUGAUGAGUGCCUUAAAAGCUGGAAAGAUAAGAGUUAUUGUGUUUUUGGCUCUACUUGUGACGUAUUACAGCCAUCAGAACGUGAACAUUUAUUACAGUUGGUUUACAAACAGUUUGAUGGGAAACUUAACAUCUUAGUAAACAAUGUGGCUAAACUCAUUACAAAAAAUGCUUUAGAUUAUGACGCUCGAGAUUUCUCUGAUACGGUUGGGACAAUGCUUGAGGCUUCAUUCCACCUUAGCCAACUUGCACACCCAUUAUUGAAGGCCUCAGGAAAUGGAAGCAUUGUCUUCAUAUCUUCAUGUGUUAGUUUGGUCUAUGCACCUAUUCAUACUAUCUAUGCUGCAUGCAAAGGGGCCAUUAAUUCGCUAACCAAUAACUUAGCUUGCGAAUGGGCAAACGAUAACAUUCGCGUCAAUGCUAUAGCACCAUGGGCCAUAAGAACUACCCUCACUGAGGCCGCUAAAGAAGAAAAUGGGGAAUUACUUGAAACUUUGAUCCGACGAACGCCACAACACCGGCUUGCAGAGCCCAGAGAAAUUUCAGCUGCAGUAGCAUUCCUUUGCUUCCCUGCAGCUUCUUUUGUCACUGGUCAAGUCAUUUGUGUGGAUGGUGGAGCAACAAUCUAUGGGCUUUGAAUCAAUGCAAAGUUAUUAUGGUUUAAAUAAGUUGCAAGACAUAUGAUAUGAUUGCUGGUUAAGUGGAGAAGAUUUUAUUGUACUUGUUUUGCGAAUAAUAAUAGUUGUCUUGUAAGGAAAUAAUGUAAUAAAUAAAGAUGUUA